UUGACGGACGUCGAAAUCAUGAUCACGGGGAUCCAAGAAUUUUGUUACGAAACGGUUUUGCCGUGGAAAUCUCCAGUUGUACUCGGCACAGGAUGCUGACUAUACAAUUCCUUUUUAAAUCGGGAAGGUGACUUCGUCCUUGUACAUGAAAUCAAAUCAGAAUCAAAGAGCCAUGGCUGCAAAAAACAAAGAUGGCGUCCUCCGUGACGUCUUAGACAUGGCGAUGGGUGGGACGUCAGCCAUGUUCGCGACAUUAUUCACGAAUCCAAUAGAAGUAGUGAAGACACGUCUCCAAUUACAAGGGGAAUUAGCUUCAAGAGGAAAACAUGCGGUUUAUUAUAAUAACGUACCCCAUGGAUUGUACGUGAUUGCUAGAAACGAAGGAAUUGUUGCUCUACAAAAUGGCUUACCAGCUAUGCUCGGAUUUCAAUUUUGUCUCAAUACUUUUAGGUUAGGCGUAUACCGAAUAUCAGAACGCCGUGGGUUGACCACUACCUCGGAAGGUCGAACGUCCGUCAUUCGUGUUGCGAUGGCGGCCGGUAUCGGUGGCGCUCUAGGCUCGAUUGCCGGGACUCCCUUCUUCCUAGUAAAGACCCGACUUCAGGCUCAAGCUACUAAAGCUAUAGCUGUUGGACAUCAGCACAAACACAGUGGAACUAUGAGCGCAUUGACUGAUAUUUAUCACAAGGAGGGAAUCAAAGGUCUUUUUCGUGGAGUGGGCCCACAAAUACCACGCGGUGCGGUCGGCAGCGGCUCACAAAUGGUCAGCUUUGCGUUCGCCAAAGAAUGGCUCAAGGAUAAAGGUUAUUUUCAGUCGCCGAUACUUUUAUCCUUCAUGGGAGCUAACUUGGGAGGCGUCGUGAUGACUCUGUGUCUCAACCCAUUUGAUGUAAUUGCAACGAGGCUUUCAAAUCAACCUGUAGACGCCAAUAAUCGUGGUAAAUUGUACAACGGUAUGAUGGACUGCUUUUUGAAGAUGUUAAGGUCUGAGGGGGCGAGCGCAUUUUACAAGGGAGUUGGAGCGAAUUACUUAAGACUGGGACCUCACACGGUACUGUUACUGGUCUGUUGGGACCAGCUCAAGAUAUUGGAGGAGUAUUUGAGGUGAAAAAAGCGACGAAGGAUUUAAAAACAAGAACAUGGAAACAUUUUGAUACAGGGCAUGAAAUUUAAUAAAAUGUAUACAGAUUUACACAGUUAAAUCCCACUUCAAUCGUCCAUGAUUUAGUAUUAUUGAAAAACAAUAAAUUGGAACAAUGUAUAAUAGAAGAUUUAUUAUGUUAUAUGAAAGUUUGAAAAAACAAAUUGAAUGAAUCGUUCUCGACGUUUUAUCAUCAAAAACGAUUUAAUGUUUAUGACAAUCACAAUAAUGACAUCAAACUUGAUUAUGACUCGUUUUAGUUAUUAUUAUAUACUUAUUUUUUUACAUUAUGUAUAUAAGACGUAGUAAUCUAAUUUGGCUUUGGUUUUAAAGAAUAAUAGUUUUUUAUUUAAGGGAUUGGACUAUUUUUAAGAUAUCAGUAAUAAUGACCUUCAUAAGCAUAUAUUUUUAGAUAUAUAUAUUAAAUUUUUAUACUAUUUUAUAAUUUUAAUUUGUAUUAAUGUAAAAAUAAAUAAACCGUCAUAGCUAAUAGCGAUACGAGACAAGAAAAUUUCAGAAAAAAUUGGAUAUAUAUAGCACAUACAUAUGUAUAUACGGUUUCACUUACAUGUCUCAAAUAUAUAAUACAGUUAUGGUAACUACGCUUUUACCAUGAAAGCGGAACUUUCCAAAUAAUCCAUUAUUUUUUAUUAAAGCCGACAACAUUAACCAAAUCGCAUCGACCAGCUUUUUUAAAGUAAUUUCUUUUUAAAAACAAUAGUUAUAUAAUUUAUUUUUUAUUAUAAGUGACUUGACGUUAAUAUUUUUAUUAUAAAUGAUGACCAAAUAUAUAUAUAUUUUAGCUUAUUGAAUUUAGCGUGCUUAAUGAAAUGAAUGUUUUAAAUAAAAUAAAUGUGCUUAAUGAAAUGAA